CAUGAAAGUUGAUGUAAAAAUGAACAAAAAGCUUACAAGGGUCAGAGGUCCUUUGGGCUUCACUCUGUUUCUUAGUUUUUCUGUCUGUGGUUGGCUGCAGACAUUUACAAGAAUUAGUCGUACGUUUGACAUUUGUGGUUAAAAGUGUCACUGAGGAUGGCGGAUGUUUACACAUAAAUCAUUGCAUUCCAAAUAUUUAGCUUCAAAGCGUUAAAUUCACCAAAUGUUGUGAACAAGGCUUCAUAUUCAGCCAUAAUUAAAAAGCAUAUAAAACAAACUGACCAGUAAAGGGAAUCCUGAACUGAAGACACUAAAGCUACAUUUUGUCAAACUAGAACAGCCUGCUGUAACACCACACAGCUGUGGUUUCCUGCCGUGUCGCGCACAGCGUUAGUUUCUUUCCACAGACGUUAUAUACACAACCAGGUUAUUUAUAUAAACGGGCCAAAUGACUUUUAAUAUCUUUCUUAACAAACAAGAACUCUUCUUUAUCCACAGAUGCACCCUCAAACUAUGUUGUCUUAUUUCUAUUAUUGACUAAUGCGUUGAAAUUGUAGUUGCACGUCCAUUGUGGUUCCGCAUUUGCUGCACCGUUUGCUGAUUUGAUGUGUGAAAAAGAGCUUCAGUGCUAGUAGCUGACCGCUAAACCAGAAAGUACGUUUUCAUUCUGUAACCAACAGCAAAAUAGUUGCGUCAUCUUCCAUGUAGAUUUCUAGUAACUUCAUAUUUUCCAACUCUUAAAUCUCAACUCGCCCAAUAAAAGGUCUCAAAUCUGGCAAAAUACAUUGCAAACCUUGAGACCUCGGAGCAGUUUAUUCAAUGUAUGGGCCUAAAAACCAAAUACUGAAGCUGUGAGGAUACACAAGUCCAACCUUAUGGUGUUUUAUUUAUGUAAUUUGAGUUAAUAUGGCCAGAUUAAGGUCAUUUGCAUUGAAUAGUCAGUCAGCAGACUUUCUUUUUUCCCCUUUCUUUCUUCAUAGCUGAUGCAAAUUAUCAUCACAAAGCAGACACAUCCUGCUCAGAGACAAGCAGUCAGCGUCAUUUCCUCUGGGACAGACAAAAACCUUUUGUCUGUUCUGUUUUCUCAAAAAUGUGAAACCCAAUUAAUGCAAAUUUGAAAGAACCAACAAGCAAAUGGAGCUAAUUGGUUUUAAGAGUUGGCUCAAAGUGCCCGGUUCUUGCUCUGCUUGAUGUGUAUUUCUUAAUCUGGUCUAAACCCUGCUUCAGUGGUCAUGCUUCAUUUUCAUGAAUGUGUCGUUUAGGAAGGAGCUAAUCCAACAUGCAUGUUGUUGGUUAGUAUGUGCUUCCUCUUGUGUUGGCCUUGAGGUUUGAAGGUGGAGCUUCAUGGAGUUCCUCUUGGUUUCAUUUACAGUCAGCCCAUCUUUUGAAAUCCAGCUUUCAGUGCUUGCCUCUGUGCUGUCAUGGUUCACGUCGGCAGCCUCCUUCAGGAUCUUAAUUAGUCAAUUAAAUUGUGGGGUGGCGUUAAAGAUGGCCGGGGUCUGGGGCCUGGCUUCUCUGUGGAUUGUGGUCAUCACACAGACUGGGUUUGUCUGCAGUGACAUGAGCUUCAUCGAGCGGCAUGAGGGUGAUUCUGUGGUUCUUCCCUGUGCGGUUGAUGAGAGGAAACCUUCGCCUUAUGGUGUCUACCUAAGACGCAAGUGGCUGGAUCCCAGGAAGGUGUUGUUCAAGCACACGGGGAGUGAGUUCGUUUUGGACAACAAUGCUGACAAGAACCGCACCAGUGUCAGCGGAGACCCCAACCUUCACUCCCUGAACGUGACCAUCUCCCAGCUGAGGGCCGCUGACACAGACCGAUACUACUGCGAGUUUGUUGUGGCAAAUAAUGCCGCUGAAGAUGAGUCCAUCGAGGGGAAGACUGAAUUCUUACUCCUUGUUACUGCUGAUGCCCCUGGGUCUGUGGACAUGGAGCUGGUAGAGACGUGUUCUGGGGGCUCAGCCGUGCUCCCCUGUCUCCCCCCACACGGGGAAGGCUCGGCCGUGGAGGGGGUGAGCCUAAAGAGGCAGAGGGCCCGUUCACCUGUGGAGGUGUUGUACCACUCCAAGCAGCACCGCAGCAGCAGCGGGUCUCAGUUCUCUGCUGACAGGGUCCACCUGUCUACAGCGCCAGGCCCCAGCGGCAUCACCUACCAGCUGACCCUGCAGCAGCUGCAGCCGGACGACAGCGCCCUCUACAGCUGCCAGCUGCUCCUGCGUGGCAGGUCUGACAGCAGCACCAGUCUAGGGCGGCGGGUGUUCUUUGUGUCCGUGCAAGGUGACCAGUGCGGCUGCUCCAGCUACUCCUCUCUGCUGUACGCUUUGUCCUCAGCUGUGGUUGUCCUCCUCCUCCUGCUCCUGGCUGCAUUUGUGGUGGUUUAUAAAGGCAAAGCACGCCGCAGUGUCAAGUCACACCCUCAAGCCCCCAUCUACGAGGAGAUGACUGGGAUACAGCCUCUCAACCGCAAAGCAGCUUCUCACCGGCUCGAAGAAAUGGAGUCUUCAGAAUACAGAAACUGCCCAGUGACGAAAUCCUGCCCUGAGAACCAUUAUGAAAGUCCCACUGGGGGCCUCUGCCCCAAGAGGGAGUCUUAGAAAUGAAAUGUUUGCUUUACCUGCCAGCGUCGUGACAACUUAUCAACUCGACUGCCUCAAACUCACUGGACUAGUGCUAGUUCCAGAAGUUUCUUCAGCUUGUUUUUAUCAGUUCAGGUUUUCUUUUUAUUCUCAUGUAUAUGGAUUGUUUGUCAAAGGUUCAUUCCAUUUCAAAGCAGCAAAUUUAUAGAACUAUUUCUGCUCAACAAUCUCUGAUUUGCCUGAAAAUUUUCUAGCAUAAAAUGUGGAUCUUCAUGACAAAUAUUUGCGAAAUUAAAGCAAAAGAAUCUGCAAUAUUGGACACAAAGGUCAAAUAAUCUCUAGUUAUUGGUGAGUUUAUAUAUUUUUUUAAAAUGUUGUGAAAAGUCCAGUCUUUGAGCUCAUAUUAACAAAAAACUGUUCAUGCAUAAGUCCACCACUGACACUUUCUGAAUAUGUAGCUAAAUAAUACAAGAAUAAUGCUAAACAAGACAUAGAAUACAUUUGAAUAUGAAAUGCUUUGUCAUAGAAAUGAAAAGGAUUCAAUUUUCAUGGAAUUCUUGAGUAGAUAUUACAAAUGUUACAAGAUAGCCGGAUCCAAGUAGGAGUGGAGUAAAUGGUUCUCCAUAUAUAACAAGUAUAGUAAUGUGUCAUGAGCAUAUUUUUAAUUUUCAAACCCAUUCUGAAUCAACAGCAUGGUGGGAAAUAACAGUGAAAACUCAGAGCUUUUACCAUUAAAACAGUUCAUGAGAUAAAGUCAUUUAAACAGCCUCAAAUUUCGAUGUGUGAAAAAAUGUGCUCAAAGUGAGUCAACAAGCAAUAAAAAGAAAAAUCUGUCCUGGAAAGCAUUUGAUACAGCAAUUCCACAAAUGCUAUUCUAUUGUCAGGCAGAUCAGACCUGGCUGAGCAGAAGGCCCCAAUAUGAUUUCAGAUGGAUUAAGCCAUUAGUUUUUUGCAAUUUGGAAUUUUCUUAAGAAAUUUUAGAGAUAAGUUUAGAUCCCACUGUGAUGUGCAUCUAAGAAGUCAUACUUGUAGAUGUUACAUAAUGUAAAAAUCUUGCUCGGUAGCGCUCCAUACAGUAACUUUAAGUAUCUGACACUCUUCACAUUAAUGCGAAAAGUAAAUUAAAACUUCAUUUUUCCAUCAAACAAUGCUGCUCAUUCAUUUGCAAAAUUGCACUCAAUGACUCAAAACAACCACUAACAUUCAAAUCAUUUUACCCACAGAUGGUAGGAAAAAAUAGAAAAGCACUCAGAGAGCGCAGUACUCCGACAAGGCUGCUCAGUUGA